CUCCGCCCGUUCCGGCCCCGUCAUCUCCUCCCGCGGCGGGGCAGGAGCUUCGCACCCAUGGGGCGUCCCAGGGCUGGCGGCUCCCCGGAGCGGAGGACGGUGCCCCGCAAGGCUGGAGGUCUGUUCUCAAAUAUCUGGUUCUGGCGAGGUGUUGCUGGAAUCCUCAUUGCUGCUGUCAUUUUGAUUUUGUGUAUUCACUUUGUAAACCGUUCUUCGGACAAAGAUAUUCCUGCCUGUCUGUCCCUGGAACUCUGUCCAUCAGAUUGGCUGUAUUUCCAGAAGAAAUGCUACUACCUCUCAGAGAAUGAAGCCAACUGGAACUCUAGUCAGAACUUCUGCUUAUUGCACAAUGCUUCCCUCCUUGUGAUCGAAAAUCUUCAGGAGCUGAGUUUUAUGGUGAAGAUAACAAAGCAAGACCCGUGGAUUGGACUCUAUAAAAUAAAUGAAGAAUUCUUUUGGGUAAAUGGGAGCACAUUAGAUAACAAGCUAAUUGAAGUAAAAGGCUCUGGAAACUGUGCCUAUCUUGAGACAAAAGGAGUCUCGGCCUCUGGAUGUUACUUAACCAGGAAGUGGGUCUGUAGCUUGAGUACUAGCUUAGCGUGAUAAUGGUGGGCGAAGUCACCACCUCUGACAGCUCUGAUAUAUCUGCACAGUGUAUGUGUAUACUCUGGGACCUGGGAAUGCAUUUCAGCUCUUGCCUGGAAGUGAACCUGUUUUCUGGUAGCCAGGACUUUAUGCCCAUGGAGGAGACUUCUGUUUUUUUACAAUGUCAUUUCAAUGUCUUUUCUCAGGGUCUUGAUAAAUUUUCCUGCCCCAUUUUUCUAGCUACUAAGCUACUGCUCAGCCUGUAGUUUCUUUUGUGUCAUCAGUAUUUCUUCAAUGAUUUCUUGUAGGGUCCUAAGCAGCUGUUCUUUUCUUUUUGGUGUGUCAUUGGAGGUAUUUGUUCUGCCUUUCCCUUAUCCAAGCUCUGCAUACAGGCAUGUUGUUCUACCAAGUGAAGUGGCUCUGCCUAAAGGUUUCUGUGUCUCACAGACACAGGAUGAUCCAGAAAUGAGCACUUUGGAUUUAGACAUGAGCAUUGUGGACUUUGUUCUCCCAGUUUGAUGGGGUGUCUUGUGUGUCUCUGCAUUGCAUUCAUUGUUUUUUGGAAUUGUUAUUUUGCAUUAAUUUUGUUUAAUUUGCUUGGUAGUAAUAUUGAAAUUUGUAUAGCUGCUUUCCUGAAGCUCUCCUUCCUGCAGCACCCAUCUUAGGAAAAAAAAAAAAAAAAGAAUAUUAAUUUAUCUGAGGAUUUGCACAGAUGGGGAGGAAAAGUUCAAACUGCAAAAGUGAGGGUCCAAGUAUUAAUAUAGUAAAAUUAGAAAUAUCCCUAGUGCAACUGGCAAAAUGUUGUGAAUAAGAGAAUUAAUAGUAAAGGAUUUGCCUUCAUGAUUUCCUCAUGUCUUGUUCCUAUCUGAGUUUGAGGAAU